CAAUUGCAGUGGGAAUUCCCCAUAAAUUUCCGUUGUUGAUCUAGAUCGAAAGUGGUUAUACCUCCUUUCUUUUAAAUAUGUCAGGAAAAUGUAAUAUACUGGUAAAUUGCAAUGCAUUUUUUCAACACUUACUCGUACAUGUGUAACUGUGCUGCUUUGGUUCGAUAUGUGUACUGCCGCGGAUAGUUUUCAACAAGACUUAGUGGAGAAAAAGGUCUUGGAAUAUAGAACACAGUUAUGUCGGGUUAUAAACGCUCCGAACGUAUUGCGCUGGAUGCCAGGUUUUCUCUCGACAGCGGAUGAGAGAGAAAUUGAAUCAGUAGAUUUACAAUCGCAUGAACGGGCAGCUUUCAUUCUCCUUAAGCAAAUUUCUGCAUGCAUUGGAUCGGGAAAAUGGGAGGCAUUUCUCGAAGCUCUAAGGAGGGCAGAAUACCCAUAUUUGGUAUCUUUAUUGGUUUCAAAUCAAACUCCAGAACAAUGUAAUCAUCAAAAGAAGAUCUUGCAAAUUUUUGCGCCAUAUUUGGAAUUACAGAUAGAGCCAUGUGACCUCAUUACACAUUUCUUUUCGUCAAAUCUGAUCAAUAAAAGUGACAUGGAAGAAAUACAGGCAUGCCAAAGGAGUCGAGGCUCUGUUGCUGCGACGAUAUUGAUGUUAGAUUGCAUACAGCGUCGACAGGCACCAUCUAAGUGGUACACUGGUUUCCUUAAGAUUCUUUAUCAGAAAGGAUUCAAAGAUAUUGUUCAUGAGAUGGAGCCUGAGUUUAGUCUCGAUUGUGAAAUAUUGAAGAUACCGAAGCUUCUAGUCACUGAUACAUCCGAUUCAGACAUAGACACAGAUGAGUAUGGUUGCUCCAUAGAGGAGAAAAUUGAAGCCAAAGUUAGAUACUUUCAGUCUGAAAUUACAGAACUUCUUAGCGUUGAAAAGAUUGCACCAGCCCUGUGUCAGUUGAUUAGUUUAGGUAAGAUUUGUCGAAUAAUGCAAGAUCAAUUUUCUUCGAAAAAAGAGUCUAUCGACAGUUUAAUCGAAGAAAUCAUCAAAUUGAGGAGCAAGACAAAAUGGAGGACAUUUAUCUGCUGCCUGAAAGAAUCUGAUUAUCCACACUUAGCAGAACUUUUAUCCAAACCGCGAACGAACAAAUGUCAAAGUAAAGAGAAAGCUGUAUUAAGAUUGUUUCAGCCAGUACUUGGAGAGCAACUUGAACCUAUUGAUCUUAUAUCACAUCUUGAAAAAGAUAAUGCAAUAAAUCAUCGAGAUAAAGAGGAAGUACUCAAAACUCUUCAUCAAUCUGGAAAGACAGCCGCUUCCUUAGUUCUUAUUGAUUGUGUACAAUGUCGAUUGGCGCCUGCACAAUGGUAUAGUGCCUUUUUGAAAGCGCUUCAUGCAUGUAACCGAGAUGAUCUUGUGGAAAUAAUAGAUCCUGAGUAUUUCAAGAAAUACAUGUAUGAUAGUUCCGAAGUUGAGAAAGAAAGUGAUGUCAAUGAGGUAAUUCCGCAAGAGGCCAUCAAUUUAGAUGAGAGAAUAGAUGCUGCACACUGUCACAUCUACAACUUGGAGAAAUCUGCAAAACAGGAAGUAGUCAAGUUACAAAAACACUUUGAUGCUUUGAAGAAAAGCAUGUUUGAGCAAAUAGAAAAUAAAUCGUUUGCAUUGACAAAGAAUCUUGAAAAUAUGACAGAAAGAACUCAAGACGCAGGUUUGAGGCAAGAAUUCGAAACAUGUCUCAAACGCGUGAUGUCUACAUCCUAUACCCUUUGUGAUGUUGAUUCCUUCACAAAACUGACAAAACUGGGUGUUUUACAAGAAUCAUAUAAUACGUCACCGAUAAAACAUACGUCUGACAGAAAACAGAAUACAAUAGAAAAUAAAACAAAACCAGUUGCAAGCAUAUUUCAAGGAACAACAGCGAAUCGUCGUCGAAGAUGCUUUUCGGAAAGUUCUUCUGGUUCUAGUUCAUCAUCAAGCUACUUAUUUGUAACAAAUCCAACGCAGUUAUCGACUUCAUCAGAUUCUCUAGCUAUCGAAGAAGAUAGUAGAGUAAACCAUGUAUCAAAAGUAAGAUUUGCAGAUGACAAUGAAAUGCUUCAUGAGAAACAUAAGAAAAACCAAAAUCAGCAGAAAAUAGAUAGUAACAGUGAUUACCUUUCUCAGUAUGGAACGAAGAAGACCUGCAGAAAACGCAAUUUUUCUGAAUCUAGUGUGUUCUCCACCGAUGCGUCGAUAGUUUCAUCUACCGACAGACCACCGUCCUCAAGUCUAACCGAUUCUCUAACUGGAACAUCUUCUUUGUCAUCAUCAACAAAGACAGCAAGUGUCACAGAGAAGAAGGUUCUUAUUGAACGCAGAGAAUCGUACAUUUUUCACCACGAAAAGGUUGUAAAUUGUAAAACCAACUGUGUUUUAUCUAGUGUUUGUUGCCUACCAAACAAUAAAACAGUCCUUGUCGAUCAAUGUAACUGUUCUUUCCAUAUAUAUGGUAGGUCUAAUAUAUGUGAGAAGUUGAAGAGUCCUAGAUUUAAGAAUUACAUUCCUAUAUGUUUAUGCUCUAUAGGUGAAAACCACUUAUAUAUUCUGUUUCGAACACGGGAUUGCACAAAUGUACUGGUACAGUGCAAUUUACAUGCAUCGGAUGUCGUAUUUGUGAAGACAGUAGCCAUGUCUGCAAAAUGUAAUGGGAAGCUGUGCUCAGUUGCAAGUGGAAAUAACAAUGUCGUAGCCUUUUGCAUUGAUAAACAUAUGCAUGUCUUUUCAAAAGACGGUAUAGAGACGAAAAUUGUAAGCUGUGAUAUAAAGAAUGAAAAUGAGUGGUGGCCAAACUAUUCAGUUGUUGAUUCGCGUUGCGAAUUCGGUUUCACUUAUGACAUUUAUUCUAAUUCUGUGUACUGUUUCUGUAUAUCAACGGGUGAAAUGGUCUGGAGAAAAAAGCUCCCAAAUGUAGAAGGAAUAACUUUGUGCGAUGAGAGCAUAUAUUUAUCUAUGAACGUUUCAUAUGCGAUUGAAGUUUUGUCAAAGACAACGGGUGAUUACGAACGCUCUAUUACUGAAAACGUGCGACGUCCAUUUGCCAUGUCAAGAAGUCAUGGCCAUGAUACCAUUAUUGUUACGCAAUACCACCCGGAGGGUAAAAAAAUUAAUAGAACAAUAAAAUAUUUUUAAGAGCAUGCAUAAUUAUCGAAGUAGAUUGUCAAAGACUCCGCAAAACACAACCAGCAUAAUUAGUAAGUGCGUGACCUCCUCUUAUGGCAAAUACAUUGCAAUAAUUUUUUUCAUAAAUGACAUUACAAAUAAAUAUACACGUUAGUUAAAGUAUCAACACGGCUGAAUAUACACUAUAUUACAACAAUAAAACAUCAUGAUUACUCCAAUUCUACACAGCAUGUAAUGUUUAGAUCGAAUCUAGCAAAUAUUAAAAAACUUGGUACAGAUGUAUUUUUAUGAAUUUGAUAUUACAUAAUAUAAAUCAUUACAAAGUACACACGCUAACACGCAUGCAUUUGUAAAAGAAAAAGAGCGUUCUUGGCACCAUGUCAAAUAUCACACAACUGAGUGACCCCUUCAACUGAUUAGAAGGAUAAGUACUUACUUAUGCAACAAAUAUUUUACAUACGCAUGCAAUAGAAAAUGGCAGCAUCUUAAAAACACAUUUUUUGAAAUAAACAUUAUAUUUUGUGCCUUAGAACGUGAUCUUUGAACCGAUAUUGCCAACCACCAAUUAGCAAAUACCAGAGAUAUAAAUGUUCGAAAUAUCUUUGUCAUUUUGCGAUAGAUGAUACAUGCAUUAAUUUUGUGGUCUCUAUUUUUUUAGUGGCAAUACAUUUAAAUAAAUCAGACUGUUUAAAGAAAACAAAUUACUACAUUUGACCGUAGCUAGCAAAAUUUAAAUGCACCUAUGUAUCCUGUGUUUCAUUAGAUACUUUGGACAUAGGACUUAUGCAGGAUAUAUUUUGUUGAGACGGCGAAAUACUCAGGUUUAUAUGCAAAGGAUACAAAUUACUGUGUAAAUUAUAUUUUUGUUAUAAAAGACGUACUUUAGAAUUUUUACACAUAUAACAUGUACGUAUGUAUAAGAUGCCGAGAUUUUAAAAUGUACGAAUUGUGAGCGGAUAUGAAUGAUAUAUAAAGCAGUCAGGCUAUAUUCUUUAUGCAGCAAAAUGUUUUGACUUUGUUUUACAUUUAUUAUUGUAUAUAUUAAUAUCUUUAAUUACAGUAUAUUAGAUGUAUACAGUUUAUUAUGUUUAGAUACUUACGUUUUAAACUUUUUGUUUAUCAUGAAACGGGUUGUAAUAUUCUUGUUAACCGAUCACAAUUAUUAAUAUAUAAUUAUUGUGCCAAAUGUUUUGAAUGAAUCAUAUACACAUAUAUUUACACAAUCAUAUCCUUGUUUAUUAAAAUAUAUUAUUGCAUUGCUGUUAUCUUUUAUACACAUGUAUUAGAAACACACAUAAAAUAAUAUAGUUGUAGAAAUAUCUUCAUCAGAAGUUCAUCACAUAAUAUGCAGAUGGACAUAGUGGAAGAGGACGAAAGAACAAUACUAAUUAAGAUACAUGAACAUUGUUAUUUCUAGUAAUAAUAAAAUAUUCAGAAUAUUGUUCCAUUUAACAUUCAGAUCUUGAUUCAGUUAUAAAAUACAAAGACACAUAUACAUUCAGUGAGUUGGAUAGAUGAUUGGAAAAUCCCAAACUCAGGGUGAUCAGUUCAGUGGUGAUAUAAGAAAAAACACAUGCAUGGAUGUUUACUAUACAAAAUGUCAGUGUUCUAAUGUAAUUUCUAAAACAUGCUUGAUUAAUACAUGAAGCGUUAUUAAAGUACAAAGUGUCAAGUUUAAUAGUUUCAAAAAAUAUUAUGUAAAUCUUGCAUUUGUUAUAGUACCACAUUUCUUGUUUUGUACUUGUGAUUCCGAGUAUAAAAUAAAUUGCUAAAAUUAUAAGAA